AUGGCGAGGACGCAGCAGAGCACCGACGCAUCGACGACGACUUCUGGACCUGCAGUGCGCAUCUAUCUUGUGAGGCAUGGGGAGACGAGGGAGAAUAGAGAGGGGAUCAUCCAAGGGCAAAGGGACACGCUGCUGAAUGAGGAAGGAAGGGAGCAGGCGAGAGCGGUGGGCGAGGCGUUGAAGGAAGUGCGGUUCGAUGCGGCUUUUAGCAGCGAUUUGAGCAGGGCAGUCGAGACUGCCGAAGCGAUAUUGGCACACCAUCCUGGGAUUCAGCUUGUGAAGGAGCAGGAGCUUCGGGAACGUUUCAUGGGGUACCUGGAAGGCAAGAGCGGCAUGGAGGCGAACUUGCGCCUGGCAGUAGCUAUGGAGGGUGGACCAGAAGGGAGCGCGGCGUUCGCUCAGAGGGCGACAUCGUGGUGGCGGUCGCGGGUCGCAGGGCAUGCUGUGGGGAAGGGGCUGGAGAACGUGCUUGUGACGACGCACGGGGGGUUCAUCGUGACGCUGGUGCGGGAGCUGAUCGGGAGCAGGCGGGUCGUGGCCGGGCCGGGCAUCGUCGUCUGGCGCUGCCCCAACGCGUCCGUCACGGUCAUCGAGCUGCAGGCGAACGGCAAGGGCGCGCUGGUGCGCUACGGGGACGCCAGCCAUCUCGCGCAGCCAGCACUCGAGUCCAACGUUGACAUCCACACGUGA